UUCACGAAAUCAUAUCGAGUUGUUUUCGGGGUUCCGCGACAUAAACAUUCCUACAGACUGACUGAUAAAUAACAAUUUGGAAAUUUAUUGAUUUUUUAGUAUUUUUAAUUAUAUCUCGAAACAUCGAAAAUUUCAUGUUACGAAAUACACGAAGAUUCUUAUCGAUAUUAUUACGAAUAGUAGAUGCAAAAGUGACCAGAAUUAAAAGAGUAAAAAUAUAACGGGAGAACUGAAAAGAGCAUAAUUUCGUUGUUUUGUUCGUUUGAUAAAUGUUGUUUUUAGCGCGUGGACAUUCUCCCAAGUCCAAAUCCACGUUUUUCCACGAUGACAGGCGCUACUGAACCAAUUUAUAAAGACAACUGAUAAAACCAGAUAUUGUUCAGUCUGAAUCGGCGCGGCCGUACAUCUCGGAGUAAUCGUGCGUUCCACUUGUGUGUUCUCUGUUCUGAACAGGCCGCAGAACUCGACGAUCGAAACGAGAGAUACAAGAGAAACGGAGAAACAUACAUACAUACUACACAAAGUGGCAGAGAGAGAGAGAGAGAGAGAGAGAGAGAGAGAGAGAGAAGCUUUUUUCACAAGUAACACGAAGCAAAGGAGUUGUAAUUAUUAACAAAGUAAGCCGAGGAAGAAGUAGCAUGUGUGCGAAAUCUUGCACCAACACACCGAUUAGCGAAACGAGAUUCGCGACGAUUUUUAAUGAAAAUCUUUAACAAGAAACAAUUUUCUCUGAUCGAUUGGCAGUGAUAGGAAAUCAGGUGAAAAGUGCCAGUACAACAACCGCGAUAUAAUUGUUAUUCCAUUAUAUCGGGAAGGAUUUGCUGUUUCAAAAAUAUUUCUUUAUAUGGAUGAGCUUCCAAUUACUUUUACUUGGACUCUUUUUAUUUGAAGAAGAAAACAACACAACGACGCGACGAGUCAUCGUUGUGAAAAAGGUUAUCUAUUUUUUCCGAAUUAAUGAGUCAACAACUCUAGUUGAUGAUACGCUUCCGCUAGUCGUCGACAAAUACAUAUAUUCGUUUUCCUCGUUUCGUUCAUGCGGCGCGGCGCGGCGUAACAAAGUUGUUCGUUUGUCGAGCCCAUGGAGAAUUAUACAUCGGACUCGAGCGAUUCGGAUUCGAAUGGCAAGACAUUGGAUUUGUCAUAUCUGAUGCUCGAUACCGAAACGCUCAACGAUCAUUUCGUAAAUACGAAAUGCCCAGAACACGUGGACACGUUGCUACUUUAUCAUAACCGCUUGAACAAGAUUCCUGCAGGUAUCGUUAGGUUCACGAAUUUGAACUCGUUGGAUAUAUCGAAUUGCGGUUUGCAUCAACUGCCAGAAUUUCUCGGGGAUUGUCCUCUGUCCUGUCUGAUAGCCAAGCAUAAUAAUUUGUCCAACGACUCUUUGCCCAAGAGCUUCGAGAACUUGCUAGAGCUGCGCGAACUAAAUCUCAGUGGGAAUAGACUGAUCGAUUUCCCUGAACAGGUUCUCGAGCUCACGGAGCUGAAAUACCUCUAUUUAGGAGGGAAUCGUAUCGGCGAAAUCAGCAAAGAUGUUUGGAAAUUGCAAAGACUGCAUGUGCUAUCGAUGGGAGGCAAUCGAUUAACAGAAGUACCAUCCACGUUGGGCCAAUUGAAAUCAUUGCAGGCCUUGGUACUCUGUGAUAACAUGUUGGAGAGUUUGCCUAGUACUAUAGCAAAUCUAGCUAACUUGAAAUCGUUGCUGCUUCAUAAGAACAGGCUGAGAACACUGCCAACCGAAAUUAUCACGUUAAAAUGUUUGACCGAGUUAUCGUUAAGGGAGAACCCGCUCGUAGUGAGGUUCGUGUCGGAUAUGACGCAUAAUCCUCCGUCACUGCUGGAGCUCGCUGCCAGAGUAAUUAAAACCAGCGACAUUCGGUACGAUGAAAAGAGUAUACCACGAAACUUGGUCGAGUAUCUCAACUGUGGUCAUCGCUGCGUCAAUCCCAAGUGUAAAGGUGUGUUCUUCAACAAUAGAGUGGAGCAUGUAAAAUUCGUCGAUUUCUGUGGUAAAUACCGUCUACCUUUGCUACAAUAUCUCUGCAGUAGAAAGUGCAUAGAAUCGCGGGAUGGAGAUGAAGUGGUUAGCGGUGCAAUGAUAAGAAAGGUUCUACUAGGCUGAUCGGUGAUCUAGGCCUAGGCUAUCUAUCACGAGUGCAUCGUUUGUCAACAUUUCAUUACACGUUUAGCAAGUUUUCAUCCAUAGAGAAGACGAAGAGAACGUUGGUCUAAACUAAAAAUAUAUCAAGACUACAGACAGCUGCUUAGUUCGAACAGUGAUGAAACAUAAAAGCAUCAACGGGAUCUCGAGAGAAAAUAAUUCUUAGCAAACGCAGACGCAGACGCGGAUAACGUAAGAUAAAAGAUAACAUACACUUAUUACCUGUUCCUGGCUUUACCGUUUAGAUUUUCUGGAAUAAACGUUUCUCUAGAGUUCA